GAGUGCAUGUGUUCAGAUAUAUAUAUCCCAGAGUGACAGAGACACGGCAGAACGGAGCCACAUCACAGAGAGCGCCCAGCUCCUGACGGCACUCAGUGGUUCCUCUCCUGCCUCCAACAUCAUGAGAACCUUGUUCUAUGACCUUCUGUUGCUGGGUCUCUUCUCCAACGUUUUCAGUGACUGUCAGAAGGAUUGUUUGACAUGCAGAGAGAAGCUUCACCCGUCCAGGGACAGCUUCAAUGUUGAUGAAUGCAUCUCCCAUUGCGAAGGGGGAGACCUCCCCGGCGCUGUCUGGGGCCCCUGCGCCAAGGCCGUGAACAGGGGGCCCUGGCACCUCGGGGCGGCCGGCCAGGCCGCGGCGGCCUUCUACCAGCCACGAGCGAUGGAGGCCAUGGAGGCGCCUCCGUCCGACGGCCAGGCGGAGGCCAAGAACCGCGUGUCCCGCAUCAGGAGCCUGUUCCGCGGCCCCGAGCCAGAGGCGGCAGCAAGCUUCGGGGAGGCAGGGGAGGAGAUGCAGAAGAAGCUACAGAAACGCUUCGGGGGCUUCACGGGGGCCCGGAAAUCUGCCCGGAAGCUGGCCAACCAGAAGCGGUUCAGUGAGUUCAUGAGGCAGUACCUGGUCAUGAGCAUGCACGCCAGCGAGCGCCAGCGCCACGGCCUGGCUCCAGGCCGCACCCUGCGCCAGAACGUCAGCGUGUAGCCCCGAGGGGAGCUCUCUCCCGGCUGCACUGUCCACUUCAAUCCAUGAGUGUCCGAGUGUUCCCACACACAGCAUGUCUCCAGCCCCAGACCAACUGCAGGGAAUCGGGAUUCCUUCGUCCCCACGGCUCGUCAUCCUGCAGACCCUUGAGGAGGGGUCUGGGUCAACUUCUCAGCUCCCUGAGCUAGCGGGUGCCACCAUGGUUCAGCUCGAUAUGCUUCUGUUUUCUCAUGAGCACCUCUGCUCCCUUCACCCCUCGGAAGAAACAUAUUUUUGUAAUUCCUAAGAUGGGGAUGAAGUUGAAACGUGGACACGGCUCUGCCCUACCUUGCCCUGUUCCCUCCAGCCCACCUCUCCCUGGGGGGAGGUGGGGAAAUGUGGCUGAUCCAGUCAAAGCCUGGGAUUUUGACCUGCUGCUACCAUCAUUUGUUUUGUUAAAGAUCUGUUCUUUUUCAUUGUUUCCAACAAAUGUUUCUGCAUUAAACUUCUACAGAGCAAAUGGUUAA